AACAGCAACGAGUAUAGAGCUUUUGUUUACAAGAGAGUCAAAAUUGUAGCUUCAGUAAGUAAAGUAAAGGUUGUUAGGAAUAUUUCUGCCACAACUUUUCUCUCCUGUUCUCUCUUAGCUCUAUUAGAACUGGCAAUUCCUUUGUCAGCAAAUCGAGAGCCACACAAAAGCACGAAUUUGUAUACCCCGUUGCUUUUGCUUCCGAUUGAUAUUCAUGGUUGCCUUUCCAAUUUAGCGCCAUCUGCAAUUGUGGCGCAGUCAGUGCCAUUUGGGGCCAUCAGCUAAGAAGCAGGGUAGUACGGUGUAUCCUGCGACGCGCAGUCGUUCAACAAACCAAAAAAUACUAUAUAUUUUCAAUAAAAAUGCUCCAAUUAAAUAAACAUCCACAAAAUCAAUUCAAAAAGUGAUCCACAUAUUUUCUGGUUUUCAACAAGUUAUUAAUAUUUGCGCUAAUCAAUCGUGCUACCGCAAUCGAAUUAAAUCGAAAAAAAAACUGCACAAAUACCGACUUACACGGGGAAACGAUAAUGGAAAGCAUAUUUCAGUAUGAAAAAUGUCUAUGCACGCAGAAGUUAAGUGGACCUAAAGUAUCUCAUUGCGUAUAGAUAACGAAUGUUGAAUAUGGAAUUUUUUCUACUGCCAAGGAAUUGUGUGUGUUGGUCAUAAAAUUGCAUGUUGCGAAUGUGUAUUGUCAUAGAGGGCCUUUAAGUGAAUUAAAUUAAUCGCGUAUUCAUUUAUAUCUCAGUUUUAUGAAUAUUUCAGCUAAAGUGUUUCAUUUAAUAACAAGCAACGUGUUUUUCCAAGAAAGUGCGCAUACACAAAAAAAAAUUAUAUAAUUAUAGAGCAAAUGAAGGUUCUGAUGUGAACGGCCUCAAACUUCGUAUUUGCUUACUUAGUUUUACUCGCAGUCAUGUUUCCGUCCUGGACUUAUGUAAAACAUUCAGAGGCAUUCUGAACUUUGCGAAUUAAUAAUCGUAUCUGAAAUUUAUAAUUUAAGAUAUGUACAUGGGUGUGUGCCGAUAACUUAUCAAUUCAAAUACUAAGAGUGCCUAACAAAAUGCAAACUUCAAAUAAUUUCCUACUUGCAGGAAAUGUCGAAAAUAAGUUUGAAAUACAUACUAAAGAAAUAGCAAAAAAACGUGAAAUAAGAGGCUCUGAAAUGUGAGAAAAUUCCUUAAUUCACAAAGACGCCGAAAUUGUCAAGAAACUAAUCAAAAGCGAAAAAUUCGCACCCAUUCCCCCAUAGCCUUUCUGAUUUCUAUACAAUCUAUACAACCUCGACGAGGACGGCUACGUUGAAUUAUAUAAAAUUUUUGUGGAUAUACGAAUUUUCAUAUUCAGGCGCUGUUCGUUUUAUGUUCGUUUGCAGUUCGUCUCGUUUUCGAUACACUUCGUGGUUUACUUUCGGUUCUACGUGUCGUGCAUAUGUGUAUGUGUGUAGUUUCGCUGUCGCCUUUCGCUUUUCGCUUAACGGUUGUAGUUGCCUUUGUUACGCUCGUCAGUACUUUGAUGUUUCGUCUUGUCCUUACCGUGGACGUGUCUCCCACCUUUAUUGAAUUCCUUUCAAAAUGAGCUAAAUAUUUCGGUAGCGAAUCACAAUACCGAAUGGAGAGUUUUAGUGCGGUGCAAUGCAAUGGAAAGGCUAAGCUGAGCUGAGCUGAAUUGAGUUGAACAGCGUGAGAAUGGAAAGCAACGUCGACUUACUUCGCAUAUCGAUGAGAAUCCUUGAGUUUCCUUGUAUUGAGUCUCAGUGUGUAUGAUUGAGUUUUGUUGAGUGAAGAACAGAAGCAGCUCUCCCGCCACAUAGGAGUACAUGUUACAAAGUGUAUCUAAAACCAAUUUUAAAAGUGCGUCGUGUCAAAAGGAAAAUGAUUCUCGAUUCAAAUCAGAAAUCAAGAAAGACAUCUAACUGUUUUAUUUGUGUUCAUCAAUAUAUCGUACCUAAUUUAUAAUAGUUUAUGAAAAUCUAGGACUCAUAUAUUCUAUGCGUCCAAGCUGAGCUGAUUCGAGGUUUUAAAAAAAGAACUUCCCACAAUAUUGCAACGAAAAGAGUGUGAGCAUGGAAUGCGCUAUACAAUUUCAAGGUUAAUCGAGUUUACAAGAGAACUAACUAUGGACAUAAUGUGUCUGCUGGAACUGUUUAUUGGCGCAUACCGACAUACGUCUGCUUCUCUUCAAAAACAACUAAUUUCUUAAUUGCCUGCAGUUUCUAAUUUUGAGUACUUAUGAUCGAUUGGAUUUUGCAUCGCCUUUGCCAGGAAUGUUGCUCUGUUUUUGUUAUCGUCGUUAUUAAUUCAACAUAUCAUCGCCAUCAAAUCAAAUCUAGCAGCGAUAAAUUUUGACGUUUUUUCAUAUUUAACAUUGAUGGAUUUUUGUUCACAAGCAAAAACGUAGCGGGAGUUAUAUGCAUUUUUGCUGCUGUAAAUUGGAAUCGAAAAUGCCUGUUCAGACUACCAGCAGCCUCAUAGCAGAGGUGGAACUUUGUCAAGAAGAAUAAGCUCUAUCAGUUGCCAUCAAACAUAAAAAAAGCUCUAGCUCAGUUGAUUGAUGCAUAUGGGGAAACAUACAUAUGUAUGAAUACAUAUAAAAAUAUAAUACGUUAUAUAGUAUAUAGCGAAUUAAAAAUAUUUGUAAAAACCACCAAAGUUGAAACUAAUUGUCCAAGAAUACUGAUACCAAAAACAUUAAGAAAAUAUGAUGGGGCCAUGAGCCCAUCAUUAUUUGAAUUAAAUUGGAGUCGCAAGCGCGUCUCAAGCGGGCCUGCACCAUGCUAGCACCGCCGAACCCGAGGUCAAUAUGCGGCCAGGACCCGGGCUGGUCGUGAUGGCGCUUGCGUUUAUUUCGGGGGCUCGGCGUGGCAGCACCAGCACCAGUUCAAAAUCAUCUUCAUCAACUACAUCGACAUCGUCGACUUUUUUCACCUCUACUCCAUUAGACAACAGCCCUGAACCAACGACACCUUCAUUACUGUUUCCGGCAUAUCUGGGUGGAGGGGGCGUGCCUACGGUAGAAAGUAAAGCCUCUCCAAACCAUCCUCAACAAGAAGCUGAAGGGAAAAAAUAUCACAUAGAGAAUUACAACUAUUUAUAUAAAAGCUUUCUUUAUUUGCCCCCAUUCGCACCGCCGAUAGAGGGAACAACCCACGACGUCCAACAUCUACGGUUAGAAACACUUUCCGGCUUAAAGUCGUCUUCACGGGCUACCAGGCAAACGAGAAUAAUACGUGACCUAAACGAAGACGAAAGUAACCAGAAGAAAGAAAUAGACGGUGGAGGUGGUAACGCUGAUACCAGUGCUGGCAGCAACGUGAGUAAACGGGGAAGCGGUGUUGGAUCCGAAAGCGGCAGCGGGUAUGAUAUCGAGGACGGUCCAACUAGUACGGAAGACAAGACUAGUGAAUUCAAUGAGGCUGCUAGUACCAGCGCCAGUAGAGAUUCUCAAGGGCUUCCCGUAAAGUUUGCUUCCAAUCCAUCGGACGCAUCACAGUCCUUCGACGAGGACGAUAUAUUAGCUCUGGUUGCCGAGGACGAUCUUUUGUCGGAAGAAUCGUUCGAUCGGCUGACUAAAUUUACUAAUGAUAAACUUGGUUACGUCAUUGUGGACGAUUAUGAUGCCUCAAACAAGGACUCAAUUAGUGGUGUGAGUGAGAGCUCAUUAACUAGUGCUGUUGAAGAUGAUGAACAACACCCGCAGGACCAUAAUUAUACAGCCAACGAAAGAAAUACUGGCAUUGAGAUUGGUAUCGUAGAAAACGAUGAUUUUCAACACGAGGAAGAACAUGCAAAUGAGAAAAAUGAAGUCAAGAUUAAUGUAAAGACAAACAUCAACCAGUACGCUAAAGAGAGCGUUUAUUCGGGGCAGAAGGAAAACAAUUAUAAACUAGCAAUUGGCGACAUUUCAUAUGUGGCAGCGAUAAGUGACAAUGGUUUGAGUCACACUAUUGCGGCGGACAGUGACAUCAGUGUUCCAAAUACCAAAUGGUCGAUAUUCGAAAGCGAGUCGCCACUGACUCGACUUAAUCCUUGGAUAUCAGCCUGUGAUCUAGCACAACCUGGUACAGCACCAGAUUUACAGGGUCAAUGCUCCGCCGGCACAUUGCCUGUGGCAUGGGUUGAUGAAGGCCCCGGGCCCCCAGCCUGUCCCAUUUCAUGUGAAAAGUUAAAGUCAAGCAUAGUUAAUAAUUUUAAUACAAAAUCUAACAAUAAUAACAGUAAUUUAAUAAAUAAUUAUAAAGUAAAUAUUAAGACACCUGCUGAAAACCAUCACGAAAGCGGGAAAAUGCUGAAAGCGCGUCGUGACUUGAACUCCUGGAAGGGCAACGACAGCACUGAAUACUCCUAUGCAGAUCAAAGCAUGGUUGGUACAGGAAUAGCAGAAAGGUCUAGAAAAAAUAUGGUGAACAUAGCAUCUGCUUCCUUAGUUCAAACGAAACCUUACCGAGCUCAACAGAACGAUAACACGGUAUAUGCACUCGCCCUUAAACCCGGCAGCCAACAGCACCAGGUCAGCAAUAACGUUGUAAAACCGAAUAAAAAUCAGGCUGAAUCUAGAACGCCUAAUGACCCUUCUGGUAAUAUCAAUGGUGGAUCGAAAUCCGAAAGCAACGCUCGCCGCAUAUAUAACAACAAGCAAAAGAAACAGCCACUACAACAACAAAACCAACAGAAAGAACAACAGUGCCUUGAUUACUUGGGCGAUACGGAGGAGACGAGUCCGGUGCAUUUGUGUACAUUCAAAUCGCCUGUCGAAUUGGCGGCUCAGCUACGUUCACUACGUUUACGCCAUUGCUGCGAGCGUAAUGUAUUCAGCGCUCUUCACACAGUCGCCUUAAAUGCAACGCUAAGUGGCGGCGUGGAGUGUGUUCGCAUUCUUAUGGAUAUCAUGGACUUAGAUCUACUGGCCACCCGGAUCACUUGCGAACUGGCAGAAAUACUUUUUCGUUUCGAUUGCCGGCAGGUGUAUUCACUGAUUCAUCAGUGUGGUGAUUGUAAGGAGGCUUACCGACGUUGGGUUUGUAGUACUUUGGUACCGUAUUUUGCUGAGGAACGCGACAUUUAUGUAUCCCCAAGCGAAAAUAAUAACAAUAAUCGUAACAGCAUUAAAACCGACAACCGAAGUAGCAAAACAAGGACAAAAAAUAGUUAUAGAACGAUAAAUAACGACAUUAUCAGCAAUCAAACUGGACGAUUUUUUCCUGAUGAAAACGGCAAUAAUGAAUUACCCAGUUCUAAUGAGGAGGCAACGAAACGAACCAAACGCCAACUCACACAAAAUAAAACAGUUUUGAAUCCUUCCCUGCAUGAUAGCGACGUACCGCCCGCCAGCAAUACGUCAGCAACCUUAAAUCGAAGUAAACGCAAUCUGGAUGACAGAUGCAAUCGACAAAAACAACACCAGGAGUGGCAGCAGUGGCAACAAAAACUUACAAAACAAUCGAAACAAUCCAAUAUCUUCAUAUCGACUGCCAAUAAUGCGGAUCCAUGUACUGAGGAUCCAGUGAUAUCAAAAAUAAUUAAACGAUCCAAACGAAAGGUGCAAUUUCGGAAGCGAAGAAGAAUACGACCCUGCCUAAGAGUCUGCCAAACUGUAGAGCAGAAGUGCCCUUAUCUGCUUCCAGCUGAUCGAGCUCCAGCGCUGCCAACACAAUAUGCUGGUGAACCAACAUUCCUUUGCUUGGAUCAAAGCAUACCAGAAACCGGCGAACAAUUGCGUAAAUCGAGCUAUGGACCUGCGGAAUGCUGCUAUAGCUAUUGCAAUAACAUUGCGGAAGGGAUUUGUGCCUACUGCAGUGAUUUCGUACAAGACGCAAUAGAUGUGAGCGCUUCGGUCGGAAAUUCAGCAAGACGCUUGCACAAUAUUACUCUAACGGCAACGAGUCAGUACCGACUGGAUGCUCGUUUAGAAGCAUCAUUGGCAAAUGACUCGGCGAAUAAACUUGCAGCUAGUAUAUCAAUUGCACUAAGUAAUAGCUCCGAAACAGGCGUGGGCGGUCAAAUCGAUCGCUUGCCAUACUAUGCUGUGUAUGAUGGUAUCUAUUAUUAUGAUGAAGACGUGGCCGAUAUGCCUGAAACAGCCAUGUCCGACGAUUGCCCACCUGUACCGUCGGUGACAAGUCGCUGUUCCAUACCGUACUACGCGUCCUCUUCGGUGGCUCUCCGCACACUACAAAAGAGAGUACCAAACGACAGGAUUGGCCACCACAUGUUACUGCUAUUCAGUGCAUUGCUCUGCUUCUUGACCAGUCAAAACGCUGCAGCACAGUUGAAAAAUCAGACGCACCCAAAUCAAAAGCAACUUCGAAAAUAUGUGAACCAUAGAUCGAAGCCUGAGAAUGAAAGUAGAUUGUCAUCGCAGACGCUGCACAAAUAUUACACAGCCGUUUAUGUGCUAAAAGAAACUAGUUACCAGGUACUGCACGGAAGCGAUUGCCUAAAACAAGUGAAAAGUGCAGGAGAACUUGCAAUCGAACGAAGAGCUAAGAAAAGCUUGAAAAGCAUCGCUCCUACUGCAAACCAAUUUGCGCCCACCUCCUUUCCUACAUCUACGGUGUGCUCGUACUUCAGUAAAGUAACUGAGCUAGACUUCAAUGCCUUCAAUAUUUUGCGGUAGUCUUUUCAGCGCAAAUAAUAAGACCCUGUUCACAUGACGGGAGCUAAACGCGCGUUUAUAACUACACAUAUUUCGUUUCAUUUUACACAACAUGGUAACAUGACCGUGCAAAAACUGGGACUUUAAGUACUAGUAUAGGACCACGCUACCUAGUAACCAACACCAGUAACCAACACCAGUAACCAAAAUGGUGCAAAUAUAUGGAGAAAAUAUGGUUCCAUUAACGUUGUGAUGUCAUUGGACCUGACCAUCUGUGGUCCAACGCUGCAUAACAUGGCAUCACCUAGACAACUACUCCUUUUCGACCAUGGCACAUUCGGCAACCGAAUCAUAUUGCCGGUCGGCCACGAAGGGGUGGGGUUCAACACAUAUAUCAGAUUUUUACGUUUGAAGUGGUCCAGGUCAGCAUAACAAGUUACUAGUAUGCAACCUGGUCCUUUUGCUCUUACUUAAAAACUACGAUCCAGUGGUCCUCAAAUUUUUGCAGGGGAGUUACGCGAAAGUAAAUUGGUGUUGGUGUUACUAUUUAUUAAAACGCGUGCUACUCUUCCACUCGAGCAGUUGGAACUUGUAUACGUCACAUUAUAUUAACCUUGGUGAAGCAAUUGGAGCGUAUAUUAUUUGCAUUAUAUCGACUUUGUCGUCUUAAGCAGCCAUGAAGAACAAGGUACUUAGGAAUAACAGUGAAGGAAAUAUUUCCGAAACUAAAUUUGCCUUAGUAUUGGGUUUCGAUACUAGCAUUUGUUUUUCGAUACCCUGCAAAAAUUGGGACUAGGUUAAAUACUAGUACGGGACCACACUACCUCUUAACCAACACUAGUAACGAAAAUGGUCCAAGUAUAUGGAGAAAAUAUGGUAACAUUAACAUUGCGAUGUCAUUGGACCUGACCACCUCUGGUCCAACUCUGCAUAACAUGGGACCACUGCUGGUCCACCCCUGCAUAACAUGGAACCACCUAGACAACUACUCCUUUUGGAUCAUGGCACAUUCGGCAGCCGAAUCAUGUUGUCGACGGGGCACGAAUAGGUGGUUCUUAACACAUAUUUUACGUUUGAAGUGGUCCAGGUAAGCAUAACAAGUUACUAGUAUGCAACCUGGUCCUUUUGAAAAUACUUUAAAAC